UGUAGCCUUGGAUGGAAAUGUAAAAAACAAAAUUAAAAAAUUUGAAAAAAUGCAUAAAAUGGUGCCGGUAACAAGCAUCUCCCGACCCUUCGCCGCUCGACUUCUAGUGAAAAAACUCCUGCAGCUGUACUUACUCUCGCCUGCAGUACUAGAGGUGAUUGGCAAGAACGGCGAAGCAAAAGGUCCGACCGCUCUGUACCACGACGGACAAGCGGCACAGCUGACAGUCCCGCUGGAGCGCCGGAGCCCCUUGACGCACCAUCACGUGUGGCACAGCGACGAAAAUAGCAUUGGCGAGGAAAGAGAACCUCAUGUUGGUGCACUUAUAAAUGCGGAAUCUACUGCCAACAUGCGGGACCAUAUCGCCAGGCCUAAAGUCCUGGCGUCUUUUCUGCAGGUACACGACAAGAUUUCUGACAAUCAGCAGAUACACACAAGCCCGGCAGCCAAGAUAAUAAGGAAAAAGCCGCAAAAAAGGAGCUACGGCGAACAGCAGAGAAAGAAGGCAGAUAAAAAGCGUCAAGAACAGGAGAAAAAGGCCGGGGAUAAAAAAUCAGGUCACGACAAGAAGCACCGCUCUACAACUAGUAUUAGUACAAAAGCAAAAGGCGCUUCCGGCAGCACUUCUAGACGGAAGCAAACAAGAACCCCUCCACUCUCCUCCCCAAAGCGCCCGAAGUCGAAGUCUCUGAAAAACAGCAACCGCCAGCAGUCGUUGGAUGACCUGGAUGACGUUGCGGAGUCGGAAACCGGGUUCGAUUCUUCGAAGCUGUUCGGAGAAGAGGAUGACGGGGUCAGGAUUGUGAAAAACGACACGGAAGUUGUGUCAGACAGUUCCACCACCGAUAAAACCGAUGGAACAAACGCGACCGCUACCCUCCUCUCCUCCCAAUCGCACCACCUCCCGCACGAACGGGGCGCGUUCGGGGCGGCGGGGCAGGUGGAACUGACCAACAACUACGACAUGGAAUACAUCGCGACCAUUCACAUCGGCCAGGCGAUGGCGAAAAACGGUGACGAGAAUUGCGGAAAGGUAGUGACUAUCAAAUGCAAAAGUGUCUGGGUCUGGAAGAAAUCAGACAUUUGUCAUGCAUUUUUUACAUCUACAAAAAAAUCUGGAAUGCACUCAGAGCAUGACAAACUCUGUGGUAGGAGCUUCUCCAUGCCGAUUCCUGAUGACAAAUACGUUUUUCGGGAAACAAAAAUCGGGCACCUUUUGCUGACUACGCAGUACAGAUUUUUGUCUGUUCCAGAAUCUGCAUCACAAGUUGCUUUUUUCCAGACCCAGACAUUUUUGCAUUUCAUAGUGACAAGUCUUCUUUCAUCUUCAUCCGGGGACGAGGAGGCAGGAAACAAUGCUACGGACUCGACGAAAGCAGGAACUGCACAGGAUGUUGUUGACCAACAGGCAAUGAAUACAACCAGCACUGAUGGUGCAGAAGCCACCUCCUCCUUCGCCCAAAACUGUUUUUCCCAGCCCCAGGCGCGGAUGCGGGUCAUUUUGGACACGGGGUCUUCAUAUCAAUUGCAAAUAUGUCUGGGUCUGGAAACUUGUGAUGCUGGGUGGCCUCUCAUGAUGAGGCCACAAGUGCUGGCCCAGCAUGACAAGUUUCUGAGCUUCUAGGUGUUGCCUCCUCUGCAUGACAAACUGCGUUUCUGCAUCACAGAAAAAUGGAGCUCUUGGGUAACGUGCAUGUCAGAUUGAAGAGUCAUCCCAGACAAGCAUGACAAACAUGCAUUCUUACAGACCCAGACAUUUUUGCACUUGAUACUUCAGACACCUGGUUGUCCGCGGUGAAGUCCGACAUUGUGAAGGGCGGCGCGGCUGGAAGUUACGACCCGAAUCACUCCUUGACCUCGCGGCUGUGCAAGGCGAGUUCCUUGGUGGAGGGGAAGAGCGAUAAGCAGAGCAGCGACACUGAUGAGCCGUUGGAAGUGGUGGUGAAGAACGAAACAGUAGAAGAAACGGGCGCUCUAUCAAAAACGCAGCCCUCUAGCAAUUUCCUGCAGGUCGCUUCUACAAGCAGAACAAACGUGCAGCAGAGGAUGAAAUCGCGGAAUUCUGCUUCCAAGAAAGCAAUUUCCAAGAAAAAACAGGCGAAAAACCGAGGAAAGGAGCACGUCGCUGCAGUGAAGAUGAAAAAGAAGAAGUCUAGUGCUACUUCGUCAGGAGGGAAGAUGAAAAAGUUUCAUCACCGAAGCGGCCAUCAACGUCUCCGCAAAAUAAAAGCAGAGGAGCAACUCUGCAAAGUGGGGUCGGUGUUCGGUUCUGGGGUUUUGUCCGGCGUUCGGGGCUACGACGACGUCCGAAUCGGCCCGGUCACCGUUUUCGGCCAGGGGUUCAAUUUGAUCUACGAAUCGGUCGGGGAAAUUUUCGAAGGCGACGACUUCGACGGGAUUGUCGGGUUGGGAUUCCUAUCAAAUGCAAAAAUGUCUGGGUCUGGAAGAUUGGUAGGUUUGUCAUGCUUGUCUGGCAUGACUCUUAAAUCUGUCAUGCACGAUACCAAAGAGCCUCGCUUUUCUGUCAUGCAGAAACGCAGUCUGUCAUGCAGAGUAGGCAACACCUAGAACGAAGCUCAGAAACUUGUCAUGCUGAGCCAGCACUUGUGGCAUCCUCUCCUCAUGAUACGCCACCCAGCAUCACAAAUUUCCAGACCCAGACACUUUUGCAUUUGAUAAUUCCCGGAUUUAGUAGCGACGGAGCAGGUCGAAGCGGAUUUGAAUGGGGAUUCAAACGUUUUGAUUCACAAGGGCCGGGACUGGUUCAAGGGCGAGUCGUCUUCUGGGACGUGGCAAACGUUUUUGAGUAUUUUGAUGCUUUGUAAAAAUUCAAUUCCUGACUGCAUCUGCAUCUGCAGUAAGUCGUGUGUUUCAUCUUUGUCAUGUGCGGUUUUCUAGUUCUAGCUCCAGUUCACCAACCUGAUCCAUCCUCUCGUGCAAUUUACGUCAAUCAGAAACAGAACAAACUACUUACCAACUGAUGGUAUUCACAAAAUUAUAACCGAAAAUCAACUACCGACUUCCCAACAGACCGCAACGCUGGCAUGCAAGGAGCGAAUCAGAGAAAACAACUAGCCUUGAAGACCCAGCACAGCAGCUACAAAGACGAUCCCAACAGCACGACUACGAACUCCACCUCUACUACGAACAGCACCUCGAAUUCUAGCAGUAACUCCACAGGCAGCGGCGCACCAUCGGAUGAAUCUUCCUCGUCUACAACAAAUUUCAACCCAAACACGAAACUCGCCUGGGUCACCCGGCCCUGGUUUGACAACGUGUUGAAGUCAAACGUGCUCACCAAACCGGAAUUUUCCUUCUACCUGUCGAAGUUGCCCGAGCAGAACUCUGUCUUCACUAUCGGCGGAAUUUUUGCGGAUGCCGUCGAGCCGGGGCACAAAAUCGAGAUGUUUCCGGUGGUCCACCAACGCUACUGGGCAGUGGAGUUGGUGGACUUGACGCUAGCGAAUUCCCUGGUCGAAAUGGACGGGGAAAGAUCGGUGUUGUACAGCGCGCCAAGGUAUCAAGUGCAAAUAUGUCUGCUUCUGGAAGAUUGCCAAGUUUGUCAUGCAUAUUUUGAAUGACCCGCGAUGUCUGUGAUGCAUGCCCUAGCAUCACAGAUUUUUGGAGGACUUUGUGAUGCCUCUACCGCAUGAGAAAUGCCCUCUCGUCCGCGUAACACAAACUGGAGUCCUCUUGCUGGUCAUGCAAUACAAAUUUUUUUAGAAUACAGAGACAGCAUUACAAGUUUACAAUCUUCCAGACCCAGACAUAUUUGCAAUCCAUACAAGGCAGAAACAGAUUCCGAUGUACACCACGACAAUUUCUACUACCACUUUGUCCCCUCUUAUCAAACAAAAAAAGUUUGUCACGAUCGCUCAUGCGCAUUUUUGCAAUACAAAACUUUCUGUCAUGCGUAAAAAUGCAUCGCAGCUAAACUCCAUAGGAGGUUUCCCUAGUGUUUCUGCAAUACAAGGAAAAUUUGUGACGCUAAGAAAAUCUGUAAUGCAAAAGCUGCAAGUUAGUGACUGUGACAAACUUUUUUCUUUCCAUACCUCUGAUUCUCGAUAUCAUCGCGAAACUGUUUGGCGGGGACGGAGCUGGUGCGCUAGGCGGUGCUGGCGGUGGUGACGGGAUUUUCGGGUCUGACGCCGCCUCGAGUGAGGACGUGGCUCCCACAACGACCAUAUGCACUGCAAAAAUGUCGGGGUCUGGAAGCUUGUAUGUAAUGCUAAAAGUGAAUGAUAGACGCACCGCAGUGCGCAGCUAUGCAUGACAAAUUUCUUGGCUGCCAUGUCUAUACGUAUUCCGCAUGGAAAACUGCAUUUUCGCAUGACAGGUAAGAGGGCCUUUUCGUGCCUAUGCAACACAGAUUCUCGAGUCAUGCCAGACAAGCAUCACAAACUUGCAUUCUUCCAGACCCAGACACUUUUGCAUUUGAUAAACGACCACCGCUGAAAAAAACGACGAGAACCCCUUCGCGGACAUUUUCGGAGACAGCACGGGGCUGGCUGCGGGUCAGGACAGGGAACAAAGUCAGAGAGUGCUGUCCAGCGCGGAAAGCAACUCAACCGCCGCAGUUGUUCCAACGGCAACCACGGGUAGUAGUAGUACAGCAGGGCGACAGGAGGUGCAGGACGACGGCAAUCAGGUGAAAAUGAAACCAGGUGCAGGAGAUACAACUCUCGCUGACCCUCUGAAGGACAUUGUGGAUGCAAUUUUCGGGACGUCGGGUCUAUUAAAUGUAAAAAUGUCUGGGUCUGGAAGAAUGCAACUUGUCAUGCUAAAUCUGCAGCGUGCAAAAAUCUGUGUUGCAUGAUUACCAAAAGUCGUCCAGUUUUGACCAAGUCGGGAGGCAGUUUCUCAUGCAGGACAGGCAUGAGAAAGAUCGCACAGAAUCUGUCAUGCUAGGUCCUGCAUUCCAGACCUCAUGGGUCAUGGAAAAGCUGCAUGACAAGUCGCGCACUCUUCCAGACCCAGACAUUUUUACACUUGAUAGGGUCGCUCCUCUGCGAAUAAAUCUGGUACUACUGUUUCCUCCGCUUCUCCUUCGUCCCUGCACAGCGGAAAAACCACGACGGGAGCAGGUGGUAGAAGAACCUCAACGAGGAGGGAAAAACAGAAGACAGCGCCUGCUAGUACAACAAGCAACGUGCUGGAUAAGGAGCUCUCGAAGAUUGCGGAAGACGUUGUGCGGUAUCUCUUCACGCCCGAUCUGGAGGAUCAGUUGGCGGAAGAGUACUAUGCUGAGAGGAGUCCGGUCAAGCCAAGUACAAGAAAUAAAGCGUCGACACGGAGCACUCGGAUUGGGGUGGUCAAGCCGCGGAUGCUGUCGGUUGCUAGGAAAGUGCUGAUGGAAGAGAUUCUAGGCGAAGGAAAGGACAAAAAAUCAUCUUCUUCGCAGGACCAGGAAGACGAAGGCGAAAGUUUUGAACAAGACCAAGUAGGCACUACUACUUCUAGUACGUCUUUUCUGCAAAUCGGAGAGACAAGUUCAUCGACGUCCGGUGCAUCUUCACGGCAUUUUUCAGGGACGACGAGCAGUAGCACCGCCGAGAUGGAUGAUCUUCAUGCGAAGCACCUGAACCGAAUCCGGAAGUCGAGUAAAGAGCUCAUGUCUAUGGUCAGUUUGCGGGAGGCGAGAGACCAGGUUAUGCAAAGAAAAAAGUGUUACACUUACACAUUGUGUUGCAAAACACCCAAGGCAGACGACCUCUGUCAUGCGCAAAAUGCUUGCGGGUCUCGUUUCGUGUGUGUUUUGCCUUAUGAUCUCUGCAUUACAAGUUUUCUCCGUCAUGCGAGGCAAAUUUGUGAUGCUGAGUUCAUUACAAAUGUGUAUCUGUAACACUUUUUUCCUUGGAUAGAGAUGCACCGGUACCGAGUCAGGAUCGGGGAGAAAAAGCGGCAGGAGAGGCAGCGGGCGGUCGUGGGGACGAGACCGUCGGUAAGUAUCUAUCUUUGUUCUAUGAGAUGUGAUCUUGUUUUGAAGUACUUAGGAUCUGUCCUCCUGCUCUGCGCCCAGGUGCAAGGUUUUUUUGCAAGAAUGCAAUUCAUGUGGAGUAAAGGUUUCACCUCAGGGAGAACGAGAAGUAGCGUAUGUCAGCUGGCAAUUGUAAAAGUAAUCUUUCGAUGCGGAUGAUUCUUCACAGGUUUCGAAUAAAGAACACAACUGGCCGACACCAGCCGCAGCCAAGCCUGAACUACCUCAGCAGCAGGUGCAACUUGUUCGACACAGCCGGCGUGCGAAUGCGAAGACUACGGAUCAUCAUGCGAAAAUGAAUUCCAAUUCCUUGCCGGGUAUCGCUGUGCACCGACACAGCACGUCUUCUUUGCAAGAAGAACAGGAGAAUUAUAUUCACGGAGCGAGAAGUAGUACAACAACAAUAGCCUCUGAACAAGAGCCACAUCUCGCAGGAACAACUACAACGACAGAACAACUGAGAACCUCCAAAUCGGGGUUGUCUACAUCAAAAGCGGCGGUGCACCAUCACGGCCAGCGUGGUCACCAACAGCACUCCGUGAGCACCAGUACUGGGAGCAGCCGGACAAUUUCUACACUCGGUGACGACCCAUCGUCCAACAAUUCGACAAAGAACAGUACAACAUCGUCCAACGAAACCAACAACAACACUGGCGAGCAGGAAGAUUCUAAAACGGCAAAUAAUAUCGACCCAGUGGGCAAGUUAUCCUGUGCAAAAGUAUCGUACUCGUACACGUACUACUUGCAAUUAUGAAUGACGAGUCUUGUCCUUAAGGUAGAACAGCAUGACAAAUUCCAGUUCAUCUCAUGCUGAGCAAAUUUGUAAUGCAAUUCAUACUAGUACGAUGCGAUGCCUUUGCAAUGCAUACAAAUAUAAUUCUCCCGGUGGUAGUGGUCUGUCCCCGGAGGAUGAGAAAAAGCUGCGGAAUCACGAUAUCCCCGUAACAGUGAAAAACCUCAUCAUAGAUUCCGGCACCAGUCUAUCAACUGCAUGUAUGAUGUCAUCUGGGUCUGGAAGAGUGCAAUGUUUGUCAUGCACGUUGUGCAUGAUGCAUGAGGAUGAUUCUCUCAUGAUGUAAGUAUGCCCUAGCAUCAUUAGAUUUUCUGUGUGUUUCUUGAUCAACUUAUCCCGCAUGAAAAAUGUUGCCCUCUCGUCCGCGUAGCAAAAACUUGAUUCCUCUUACUGCUCUCUCAGGCAAAAAUGCAGCGUUUUUUAGAAUAAGAAUCCUAUAGUAGCGUCACAAGUUUCAAAUCACUGUUCCAUGCACAGACUGACACAUUUGCAGUGGAUACAGGCUGUUCACAAUUCCAAAACAUGUUUACCGGGAGUUAAAACGGCUGUUGCCAGACCGGCGGUGCCGCGACGUGGCGUACCAACAAAACAUCUACGCGGAUCUGACGUUUCACUUGAGAAAUGCUGCCGGGGAGGUGCUAUCCUGUGCAAAAGUAUCGUACUCGUAGUAAUUGCAAUCAUGCAUUACAAAUCUCUUCCUUAAGGUAAAUCCGCACUACGAAUUUAAUUUUUCAUGCUGAGAAAAUUUGUGAUGCAUUUCUACGAGUACCGUACGAUACUUUUGCAUUUGAUAGGUGCGGCCGAUGCGGUUGACGAGGGACGACUACAUGAUUGCGACUUUGCCAACAACAAUGUCCGCGUCCGCCGCGGCCCGACGAAAAUUGAAGUUGUCAAAGAGCAGGCUUCGCGGUGCAGAAGGCGGCGCGAGCAGUCUCGCAGAGGUGGACCAGGGGGAAAUGAUGUGCAGUUUGGCAAUGACGCCCUUGGACAUUCUAUCCUGAGUGAAAAACGUCCCCACCCCAUAGUUGUCAGGCAGAUUUGGACUUGCAGUCAAUCAUAUAAAGAGCUGAGGCACCCCCAUGAGAGGCAUUUCCAAUCGCGUUUUGAACUUUGUAAUGCUGUAAAACAGGAUGAGUAGAGUGCUUUAUGCUCCACUGCUGCGCUUGCUAAACUGCACAUGCACUACAAUACAGAGAGGAAAUUGUCAUGCGUGACUCCCAAAACUUCUCGCCUUGUGUUGCGAGGUCCCCAUCUUGACUCUGGGGUGGGGAUGUUUUUGCCCAGGAUACAUUCCGAAUGAAAGCAUUCCGGGUGGCGCGAUCGUCGCGGGAAUGGCCUUCAUGCGGAAGUACUAACUAUUAACUUUCUACUAGAUUUAGAAGCUUUAGUACUUUGCUCUGCUCCUGAUACAGUCACUUCAACAUUUCUUCAAACACAUCUAUCUCUCGUGCGCACCGUGCGCUCACUCUUUCGCAGGACAGUGCCAUGCGCGCUACAGACCUGUUUUCUGGACAUUCUUACACACGAGAGGACCAACAAACUACAGGAUGUUAAAAAAACAGGUACUACGCAGUUUUCAGCCGUGCGGACCAGCCGUCGGUCGGCCUUGCGCUCGCUAGAUCCGGACUCUCGCCGACAGAGCCCAUGCCAGCCGGGAACGCGUUCACCGGAGAGCCGGGAGAGGUCACGACGACCCUCACAGCGAGGUUUAAUUUGACAGACAAAAAUGACACCAACACGACAACUACUACCACUUCGACCACGGCGGUGGGUCAGCAACCCGCGGCUCUACUACAGCAGCAGCAGAAGCAGCAGCAGGAUGCAGCAGCGGAGAAUGAUGAAGGAGAGGAAGUUGACGUGGAUGCAGACGGGGAGGUGGAGCAACCGGGGCCAGAGGUACAAGUACCAGAUGAACACGCGGAUGCGGAGGGUGACGCGGACGCGGAGGCGGAGGGUGGCGCAACUACUACAGACGACACACCUGCGACCACUCUUGCUUCAUCUGCCGAGGACAGCAAUGAGGAAGAAGAGGACUCAGAAGCAGAGCAUCACACCAGUGAAGAAGACGAUCCUGCACAACCAGCAGCAGAAAUCGAUCCUGAACAAGUCGGCGAAGUAGUAAAAACAAACGACUCAGAUGUUGAAAAUCAAAUCAUGUCUUCGGACGAAGAUGAAGAAGAGCAAGAGCGGCAAGGAUAUCAAAUGCAAAAAUGUCUGGGUCUGGAAGAAUGCAACCUGUGACGCUGCAUUGGGAUUCCAAAAAAAUUUGCAUUGCAUGAGGAGCAAAGGGAAUGUACUUUUUGCUAUUGCCACGCGGAUAGGGCAUUUGUCAUGCGAAAUAGGCAUCAAGAACCCCUCGAAAAAUCUGUGAUGCUACGGUAUGCAUCACAGACAUCAUGCCUCAUGCAAAACGUGCAUGACAAGUCUCAGAAUCUUCCAGACCCAGACAGUUUUGCAUUUGAUAAAGGAGAGGACAUUACAACCGGCGGGGGUGAAGAUGUUUUUACUGAUGGUAUUGCUGCUACACCGAUGGAAGUAGUAGAACAAGAGGCGGACGAGCAGAGCGUUAAUAUUUCGGAAAGCGGAGCUGCAGAGGACCAUCAAGUGCCUUCAGUCGUGUCAAAUAGACAAACUGAAACGGAUAUGAACGUCGACCCGGUGGACCAGGUGAACAACAUCAAUGAGGCACAAGAAAUAUGAAAUGCAAAUGUGUAGUAUGGGUCUCGAAAUUUCAAAUUUGUCAUGCUAAAAUGUGCAUGAGGAAAACGCUCCCUCAGGCAGGGGAGCACGACAAGUUUGCAGAACCCUUCCACAUUAUACGCACCCUGCAUGAGAAACUGCGUCUUUGUAUGACAAGAGAGGCUGCGACUUCUGUUGGUCAUGCAAUACAGAUCUACCAGGAAUGUAAGACUAGCAUUGCAAGUUCCAACCUUCCAGACCCAGACAUAUUUGCAGUGCACAAGAAGAUGAAGAGGCGACAACGGAUGAGCAAGUGGUCGAGACGGCUCCUGCGGAGGAAGAUAAAAAUGUUGUUGUGCCUGACGAGGAGCAGGAGAACAUGUUGAACACAGCUGCACAACAAGAGAAAAAUGGUCUAUGGAGUUCUCAAAUGUUACAUUCUCAACUGUUACAUGAAUUUGUAAUGCAAGACUGGCAAAAGUGAAAGGAGGAAGAUUGUACCUUUUGCAUUACAAGUUUGGCGCAGAUUUAGAUGCUGUCUAGCCUUUCCGAAAUUUGUCAUGCGAAGCAGCUCGAUCAUCUGCCGGCUCAAGGCACUUUUGCAUGACAAAUUCAUGUAACAGCUGAGAAUGUAACGUUUGAGAACGCCAUAUGGUCCGCCGACGGAAGAGGAAAAACAAGAAAGCGAGUCACCGCACUCUGAAGAACUGCCGACCGAGCAGCAGGAUGAACAAGAAGAGCUGGAGGAUGGCCGCGCACAGGCCGACAGCGGCAAUUCUGCUGGGCAUCAAACAAGUGAAAAUACAACACCUGGGACGGACGAUCAAGAACAGCAGGAGGUGGAAGUAGCUCCGGAGCAGAAUAUUCCCGAAAAUGAAGGCCCGUCUAGAAGUACCCCUUCCACACAAGUAGAUGCGGACCAAGCACCAGAUCAACAUGACGAAAAUCUCGAAGAAACAGCUGAGAAAAUAAACGGAUCUGCUCCUGCGGAAGAGGAAGCAGGCGCUGAGUCUGUCGUGUCCCCGUCGAGCAAUGAAGGGGUCGAGGACGAGGAGACUGCAAUAAUUGGCGAACAGUCGGACGACUCGGAAGUAGUUGCAGGAACUUCUGCUGGUGCGACGUCGGAGGAAGAGCUUGUGCCGUCUUCUCCGCCGCCUGCGCUCUCGUCGUCCACAGGUAGUGAUGAAGAUCAUGGUCGUGGUGCUCCAGCACCUGCGACUCCAGAAGAUGAAGCUGUUGAGACCGCAAAAGGAGACGCAGUAGGAGGUGCAGCUGCGAGUGCAGGAGACGAUGAUGAUGUGGAGUCUGCUCGAGUUCUUGAGGAAACGCCACCUCCCUCGGAGGAAGAACAAGAACAACCCGAGGCUGGAGGAGCCGAUGAGAUGGAUGAUGAACCAAGUCCAGGCGCAGAUGAAAACGACAACGAGGGCGUCGACACGGAAGCACUAGAACGAGGACCUGCAGAUGAGGGGCCCAACAAUCAGGAAGAGGAGUUCGAGGACGAAGAUGCGGAGCGAAUUGCGGAAGUGCUUGCAGCUUUUCAUCCAGAAGUGCAGCACGUGCCGGGGCAGAGGGUGGUGAAAGCGGUAGAAGAUGUUCAGCAUUUAUUGGCGGAUAACUACGAGCAGAACAAGCAGGACGAGCGCCAUUUGAUGCACGCACAACACCUCUCUGCGAACCAAAUGGCACUGGCAGAGUACCAGCACAAGUCGCAGAAUAAAGUUGGGAAAACUACUACAAGCAGAAGCAGUACUAGAGACAGUAGUCCAGAAGUGCCGCCGACGAGAAAAAUAUUGGAGCAGGAUGAGCAACAUGGUGCGUCAACAAAAAAGUUGUCGUUACACAGUACUAACAAUAUCAAGAAAAUUUCUCCGCCGUCGACACUGCUUCACCGCGAACAAGUAGAAGCACACCCAGAGAUGAACCGCGGAAAAACAACAAGUUCCAGCCCGGACAGAGAGAAGAACUCUUAUGGGAGAAAGAACAGACCUGCAAGUAGGACUACAAAUGCAAACAGUAGAAAGCACUUCGUCCAGGAAGAGGUCUUGCGAGAGGAGGACGAGGAGGAGGACGCACCGGCGGCGGAAGACGGGCAUGCUGAAGAGCAUCACCGGCUGUUGGUGCACCAGCAGGUACCCCCGCGGAGGAUUCGGCAGGCCCGAACCAUGCGGCGAGAAGAGUAACUAACGGGUCGAAAGCUGUUUUAUAAGAAUCUACCUCUACGUUUUCUAGUAUACGAAGAAAGUUGAUGAAUCAUUUCCACCACCGGAAGAGACAUAUGCUUGUAUUAAACGCGUAAAGGCUCUUUGAAUUUGAUGUUGAUAUUUUGUAUUGUUUGACCACUCCGAAAAACAAAAAUUCGUGAUAAAAUGCAUCCUGUUCGUCCUGUACCAAGUAGAGAAAAAUCAACGCAAAAGCAGCUUUGCGUAGAAGUGUUUGAACAAGAAACUUCUUUCUAUCAGUCUAAGUUGCUGCAGUGCAGCAAUGAUCUCGCAUUCAAUGUACUCGCCGCGCGCUCUCCUACUAUUUUUUAGAACAAUGUUUCACUCCGAGGUACUAAUUUAUGCUAAGUUUGUUGAUCAUAGUCACGCAGAGCAAGAAUUCUGGAAAAGUUUACGAGGACCACCGAGCUGGUAUUUCCCCGCAUCUUGUAUGAUUUCGUGACAGCUUGCUAUCACUUUUCGUUUCAAUGUCAGACAGGCCGAGUUCGAGUCUGUGAGUUGAAGACAAAAUUGUACUUAAAAUUAUCACUAUGCCCCCGAGAAUUAUAUGAAGCCUGCAAUUUUUACGGAAAUAGAAAGACCUCAUUGAUUGACUGAGGUUUUGACAAAG